AUGACUGGAUUAUUAAAAUUAUUAUUACUCGUCUUCCAAGUUGGUUUUGUAUUAUCAUUUAAAAAAGAUUACGUUUCAUACGAUAAUUAUAAAGUUUACAAUGUUUUACAUUGCGGAAGUGACAUCGUCGAUAAAUACACUUUAUUAAAACAACAAAAAUACGUUAACAAUGAUGGAAGUGAUUUUUGCAUGCAAACCUAUUUGGUACCCCCACAUAAAGAAUUAAAAUUUUUAGGAAUUUUACGAUCUGCCGGAAUAAAUAAAUUUAAUUUAACAAAUGAUAAUCUCGGAAGGUACGUAUGCGAAACACUUUUCUUUUAA